UAUAUAUAUAUAUAUAUAUAUUUUCACUCUCGUCUGUGAAGUGAAAACACAGCUACAACGGGACAGCGGAUUUGUUUUCAUUCUGUCGGUUGUGUUAUUCCACUCGAGUAAAGUAAAUCAUUAAUGCAAAACACAACCAAAAAACCCGAAUAAACAUUUGAAAUGGCGGAAAACUGGAAAAACUGCUUCGAAGAAGAGCUGAUUUGCCCGAUCUGCCUGCACGUAUUUGUGGAACCGAUUCAGCUGCCUUGCAAACACAAUUUCUGCCGGGGCUGCAUCAGCGAGGCCUGGUCUAAAGACACUGGUAUGGUCCGCUGCCCCGAAUGCAACCACGCCUACAACCAGAAACCCACUUUGGAGAAAAACCUAAAACUGACAAACAUUGUGGAAAAAUUCAACGCCUUGAACGUGGAGAAAACCCCAACGGUUUUACAUUGCAUCUUCUGUAGGCGAGGGCCGCCUCUGCCGGCCCAGAAAGUUUGCCUCCGCUGUAACGCUCCGUGUUGCCAGUCUCACGUUCAGACGCACCUACAGCAGCCUUCUUCCAACCCAGGGCACUUGUUAGUGGAGGCCGAGGAUGUGCGGGCCUGGAGCUGCCCGCAGCACGACGCCUACAGGCUGUACCAUUGCGAAGCCGAGCAGGUGGCUGUUUGCCAGUACUGCUGCUUCUCUCGGUGUGGGGCGAACCACGGCCACUCCGUUUGCGAUGUGGAGGUUCGCCGGAACGAUAUUCGGCAAAUGUUAAUGAAACAGCAGGACCGCGUAGAGGAGAGGGAGCAGGACAUCGAAGACCAGAUCUACAAGCUGGAGUCUGAUAAGAGGCUCGUGGAGGACAAGGUGCAGCAGCUGAAGGAGGAGGUGCGGCUGCAGUACCAGAAGAUGCAGCAGCUCCUGGAGGAGGACCUGGGUAAGACCCUGGAGAUCCUGGACAAGGCACGCUCCAAAUUCUGCGAGGAGAACUCCUCUCAGGCCCUGCAGCUGAACGAGCGGCGCCAGGAGGCCAAGAAACUGCUGAGCUCUGUGCAGGUGGUGUUGGACAAGACUGAGGACAUCAACUUCAUGAAGAACACAAAGUCUGUGAAAAUCUUAAUGGAUAGAACCCAAACCUGCACAGGCAGUGGACUGCCUCCUUACAAAGUGGGUCACCUUAACUCCAAACUCUUCCUCUCUGAGAUCUCUAAAAAAGAGAAGAAUCUGCGCAAGAUGCUGGAAGCCCCCUUUAGUGCUCCAGCUCACUUCCUUCAGAGCAUUCCCACCUACCCUUGCAGCCUGAGCAGCUCUGGAGCAGAGAAACGCAAGCACUCCACAGCCUUCCCGGAAAACAGCAACUUCCUGGAGCCUCCUUCGGGGGCGGUGGGCAAGCAGUACCUGGGCCAGGGCUCCCCGUCGGGGGAGGGCCAGUCCACACAAGCCAUGGUGCCUUGCAGCUCCACGCAACACAUGGUGGGACUCGGCAGCAGUGGCGCCCAGGCCGUGCAUUCCAGCUCCGUGUUCCCCCCGCACUACCCCAGCGGGGGCUCCUCCCAGCAGCCAGUGCUCUCGCAGUACGGGGCGGGCCGCAAGAUACUGAUGUGCACGGUGGACAACUGCUACUGCUCCGGAGUGCCUUCCGUGUCAAACCACAGCGGCCACCCACCCUACCCGAGGUCCAGCUCCUUCCCCUGGACUGUGAGCUCCCAGGAGUACUCGCACCCCCUCCCGCCCGCCCCCGGGCUGUCCGUGCGCGACUGGAUCGACGCCUCGCAGACACACAGGCACCCCGACUUCUACGGGCUCUACGGCCAAUCUUCCACUAAACACUACGUCACCAGUUAACCAUAAAUAAAAAAUAGAUUAAAAAAUAAAGAAAUAAAAGAUGACUUCAGCAUAGUGUGCAUCCAUGAGACUUACACGUGCCUCCUUUUCCAAAUCAAAUCCCACUUGUUUCCGUUGCUCUCAGUAGGGAUUUUCGUUGUAUGUUUUGAGCUACAGGAAAGGGGAAGGUUUUGUCAUCAUGGUUUUUAAUGGGGGGGUGUUUUGGACAGCUUUUCAUGUCAGCUGCCAGCAUUCCAGUUGACAUGUUUCCAGUUAUUUAUGGUGUUAUGGGUUCUAUUAGUGAGUUAGUCAUGGUGUCGCACAGCUGGUUCCAAUUGAGCCCUAACUAUUGCCCCUGCCUCCCCACACACAAGAUUCAUGUUAUUUGCGGUGGCCCAAUGCAAUGAAGUCCAAUAUAAUCAUGUUUGAUGAAUGAAAAUGUAUUCUAAACUUAAAUGUACAUUUUGUGACUGAUCAUCAAAGCAGAUAGCUAACGAGUAGUGUCAAGGUGCAGCAGUCCUGUUCCCCUCUUCCUCAUGCACAAGUUUGAAGAUUACAGGAGAGGAACCUUUUGUGUGCUGCACCUUAAUACUGCUGGUAAGUGCUCAUGCAUACUGUGAAAUAACUUGACUUAUUCAUCAGUCAUUAAUUAGAUUCAACUUUUAAAAACAACUUAAUAUGUUGGACAUGUUGGGCAGAAUCAAUUUUCAGAUAUUGGUUUCUUAAUGCUGUACUUGCAACACAUACUUUAAAUUUAGAUUACAUCUAGAUAAAGACAAGGAUUAAUCCCAAAUCUGUUCACUGCAGCGACCCAUAGAGAAGGGCUGAAAACUCCCCUUCAACAGGAUUGCUUUCUGAAUCCAUGUGGUUUUUGGUUUGACUGUGAAAAGGACUCUUCAACUGUUAACUUCAUGAACUCUUUCCUGUUUCAUGCUUUUAUUUUUUCGUAAGGUGAGCUCACAUGGAAAUGCAAACCUCAGUUGGAACGAUGUGCUUUUGGAGUGAACAGGCCAGUCAUGAGGACUGCGAAAGCAGUGCCGCUGGGAAUGUUGAAAGCAGGAGACUUGCAGACCGCAUGGCCAGGAAGAUUGGUUCAGGGUCUGUGCUUGAUGCUGUUUUUAGUACUUCCUGCAGGUCAAUGUCACUUACUUGCUGCACCAAGCACUCCGCUGGUGUGACUACGUGUUUGCAGGUGGGAGCACUCCGAGUGUGAACGGUUCAGAAAGAGAGAGAGUGUUGGGAUGGGUAGGUUAAAAAGGUAAAGACAUUUUUCAUACAUUUUAUAUAAAGAAAAAAUCAAAAGGCUUUUGAUCUGCUUGACUGAUAUAAAACAAAAUAAUCAAUGAACAUGUAUUUAAAGAAGAAAAAUAUUUGGUUGAGGGAGAAAAUGUGGCUUGUAUACAAUUUUUUUUUGUAAAUAUUUGUGAAAACAACAUGGGAUGUGAUUUGAAAAAAAAACAAUUCAAAAUAAACGAUGUGGUUUUAAAAAGCA